AGGGCCUCAGAGCUAAUUUUGCGCAGGAAAGCAGGAAAUGUGACAGUGAAUUUUUCCGCUUCCACAAACAAGAAAGCCGCCAGACUGGCCUUGGAGGGAAUCCUGUGUGCCUCUGGGCUGUAGAGAGAGGGGGAAAGACAUAGUGUGUGUGUAUGUGUGUGUGUGUGUGUGUCUGAGAGAGAGAGACAGACAUACAUAUAGACAGACAGAGAAAGUUAGCGACUGAGGCAGAUCGAGAAUAGGAGAAAGGGAGGGUGUAGAACACAGAGGCAGGGAGGACGGGGAGAGUGAGUGAGAAAAGAAGAGAAAAGAGGGAUUGACAAGAAAGAGAGGAAAGACAGAAAGAGAGCCAAGUAGAGAGUGGAUGCGUAACGUUCUCUCCUCUACUUCUCUGAAAGCACUGAGAGCGUUAUGGCUGACAACAACACAAACCUCUUUCUGGAAAUACUUAAACCCUUUGAUGUUGUCUCCCUGAUCAUAGCCUUCUGUGUGUCCAUGGCUGUGGGUCUCCUCUUGGGGGCACUAGUCUACGUGGUCCUGACCUGGAUGUCUCGACGCAAAGCCGGCUCCGCCAGCAUUACCCGCCGGCCCCCUCGCCCGUCCCGCGUCUCCCCCCGUGCCCGCCCUGGCUUCAACCGCAACAGCAGCUACGACCGGCGCAGCAACAACAGUCUAGUCAGCGCCGCCUUCAGUUUCCACCGCCAGGCCUCCUCCCCGGACCAGGCUGACCCUAUGGGCCGCAAGCCCAGCUUCAGGGCCUCCACCUUCCAUCCACUGCUCCAGUGCAGCCAGAUUGCUCGCGAGGCAGAGGAAGGGAGCCAGACCACGCUGCCUCGGACCCCGACUCUGACCACCUCAACUGGAUCCGCUCAAAUCGCUGGCCAGGCUGCCACCCCUCCCAGGCCAGUGUCUUUCUGGAGCACUAGUAGUCUGAGAGGGUUCCAUGCCACACAGACCCCACCUCCAGCCUAUGAGAGCAUCAUAAGGGCCUACCAGGAGACCUGCACCUAAGGGUGGUGUGGAUGUCACUGUGGGGCUGUUGACUGUUGACUAGGCCUGUGGAGUUUAUGGACAUUUGUAGAAAUAAUGAGAAGCCUUGGUGCUCUGUGUGUCUAUGCAAAAUGUAUGUGUGUUUGUGUGUUGUGCGGGUAAGAAGUGGUGAGGUCAAUGGUUUGUGAAGUAGUUGAUGAGGAUGUGUGUGUGAUAAAUUCAGUGUAUGUGUGUGUCAUAUUGUAGUAUCAUAUUGAUUUCCAUCACAAACCUCAAUUCAAGAGUAUGUAUAUGGAUGAUUUCCAAUGUGAGAGCUAACCAAGACAUUCACCUGCUCUUUAUGAAACAAACAAGAUUUGCAAUAACCAAGGAAAUCAAGAAUAUGACAAGAAUUGCAUACCAGGCAAUUAACUAUGAAUACUAUGAAUGUGAUUAUGAAGGUGUUUUUUUGUGUGUAUAUUUUGGAUGGAAUUAACUCGAGACUAUGAUUAUAAGUUAUCAAAAUAAAUUUUUGAAAUUGUU